AUGUUUUGGUACAAGCUGUUCCACGUUAAUACAUCCUUGAAUUUGAAUGAACUGUAAGCUAUUGGUGCAUCAGGGGAAUGGUGUAAAUGCAAUGUUUUGCAAGAUUGCUAUGGAACAGAGGAGAGUGAUCCUGUGACAGAUGGGAUGCUGCUGAGAAACACUGAGACAGGUAUCUGUACACGGCACACCUCUGUGGCAACCUAUCCCAGGAGAGAGGGUGCGGUGAGGAGACACAGGCACCCUGAGGGAAGGCGGGGAGAAGGAGGACAAUGAAAGCAAGAGGAAAAACAAAAUAAACAGGGGGAUAAACACUGCCAGGCAGAUAAGUGAGAAGUGGAAACAAACAAAGAAGGAGACAGCCUUAGGUCCAGGGCCAGCAGCAGGUCAAUUCACACAGAGAGGCCUCCAGCAAUAUUGUAAAGUGUUUGAUGUAUUGCAGAACUCAGUAGAUUUACAGGUGUUACUAACUGGGACUGUAAGAAUUCAGAGGCAGAGAAUGCAGUGUGCCCCGGCAGAAGGCAAAGGCGAGGUGCCCACUCAUUGGAAUGUUGGCGAGGUGGGCCAGUGGGUACGACUCAAUGUGGGGGGCACUGUUUUCCUCACUACAAAGCAGACCCUCUGCCGGGAGCCCAAUACCUUCCUCUGCCGUCUGUGUCAAGAGUCCCAGCUGCUGUCGGAGAUGGAUGAGACAGGAGCAUUCCUCAUCGACAGAGAUCCGGCUUAUUUUGGUGCCAUCCUACGUUACUUAAGACACGGGAAACUUGUAAUUGACAAAAAUAUCUGUAUGGAAGGAGUUCUAGAAGAAGCAGAGUUCUAUAACAUUGCUUCCUUGGUUAAAAUUAUCCGUGAGAAGAUGGAAGAGGCCGAAGCCAGUCAGUUCCAGCAGAAGCAUGUGUACCGGGUUCUGCAAUGUCAGGAAGCAGAGCUGGCUCAGAUGGUCUCCACCAUGUCUGACAGCUGGAAAUUUGAGCAGUUGGUGAAUGUGGGGUCUCCAUACAGUUACAGCAGUGAAGGACAAGCAGAGUUUCUAUGUGUGGUAUCUAGAGAGCUCCAGAACAAGUUCAAAUCCAGAAGUUCCCAAGCCUGUUCCACCGUACCGAGCUGUAACAGUGAACAAGGCGAGGACAAUGUACUGAACCCAGAAUGUAUUGUGCUGCAGGAGGAGCGAGAAAGAAACUGAAGAGAAUAACUUGUGUGAGUUUAUCUCCGAAAUGUCUCUACUCAGACAAGUUCCAAAUCAUUUCCUAGUCCAUAGCAUUUCCCAGGCUUGUCCUGAAAAAAACAUUUCCUGUAAGGUUUAUGGAUAAAAGGCUCAUAGAGGAAAUUAGUGAAUAUUAGCUAUGCUCGAUCAUAGAUUUAAUUAAAUAUAGUAUGUCAGGGUCCUUAAAGAAACACUGCAGGCACGACUGUAGUGGUUAUGGUGCUAGGAGUGCCCUGGCACUCUACUGGGGUACCUAGUCAAAUUAUUUGAGGAUGUUUGAUAACUUACCUGGGGUCCACCAGAUGUCCACUGCCACCCCAUCUGUAGUCAGAAGCUCCCUGCAUUGAGCUAGCGUGGCAAUAAAGGGCUCAGCUCAUUGGUUGAGAGUGUUCCACUGAUGCAGUCAGUCAGUGAGUUGGCCCUGCACUGCAGGGUUUAGUACAGGGGAGCUAACAGAAGCUCCAUGCAGGAGCUUCCAUCGGAAGAGAAGAAGGUGACCAGCCAUGACUUUAAUUACUUUGCUUUGUAAACUUGUUGGAGCAGGGCCCUCCUCCGCUCCUCUUUCUGUUCACAUUAAGUUGCUUGUC